AUGAGUUACGCAUCUAUCACAGCACAACACACUUUACCUCCAGAUCAACAACCUAAACCAGAUCCAAGUUUAUUAGAAGGUCCUACCAACGAUUUAGCAAGUCAACAUGCACAUCAAACUUCACUUCCAGAUGUGAAUCAUAAACUGAAUGUUGUACCGAAUGAUUGGUCAGGAAAAACUCAAUUUGAAGAAGAUCUAAACCGAUCAAGAGAAGAAAAAGACACCAAUAAUUCAUCUGAAUCAUCAUCCGAUCUAGGCACCACACCUACCAAGAAAUCCAUCAAUCAUCAACAAAACAAAUCCAAAAGACCAGCCGAUCGACUUGAUAAAGUAACUAAAAAAGCUCGUAGAGAAAUCCAUUCACCUCAAAACCAAUUCGGCUUAUUAUCAGUUUUGAACGUAGGUGUUUUGGCAGGUGUGGGAUGGAUGGUGUUUAUGAAUUGGGAUCGUAAGAGAUGGGAUAGAAGGAUUGUGAGUGCUACGGUGAUUGGAUUAGGUGCUUUGUUUGGUAGUCAAGGAUAUUUGGGUGGAUUGUUGUAUAGUCAAAAGAAACGUGCUUCUUCUUGA